CAUCUACAUUUUUUUUUUCUCUUCAUUCAUGUGAAUGUGAUGGCUCUUGUACCCACUCGCAAUUUCCACCCUGCUGCAACAUUCUUCGAUUCAUUUCACAGUUCUCCCAAGUUCCACUCUCUCCGCUUCUUCAGGUACACUUGCUGUGAUAACCUCACUUUCUGUGCAACCCGGAACUGGGUCUUGUGCCAUUCAAUCAGUGGGAAAAGACCCUCUAGGAAUUCCAGUUUUGUUGGUUUGAAAAAACCUAUCUUUCAUUGUAAGAGUCUCUGUAGCCAGAGCUGGUUAAAACAGUGGAAUGAAUCCACCAGCAAACACUAUCGUCCUAAACCGCCACGUGCCGUUUUGGAUUAUCAAGGUUCUGGAGAUGGGCAUGCAUCAAAAUUUGGUUUUGCAAGCUCUGAUGACGACGGUGACGGUGAUGGUGAUAGAAGUGGUGGUAGUACCAUGGAUAGGAUUGUAGAAAAAUUGAAGAAAUUUGGGUAUGUAGAUGAUGGGGUUGAAAAGCAGGGUAGAAUAAAGGAGAGAGUAAUAGAAAAAGGGUCCGUGGAGGAUAUAUUUUAUGUGGAGGAAGGUAAAUUGCCUAAUACAAGAGGUGGGUUUUCACCAGAAUCUCCAUUUGGAAUUGGAAGCUUUGGAAGUGAUGGGGAGGUAAGGUUUCCAUGGGAGAAGCCAAUGGUUAAAGAGGUGGAAGAGAGGAGUUCUUCAAGGAGAAAAGGUAAGACCUCUCUGGCGGAACUGACUCUUCCUGAGUCAGAAUUGAGGAGGCUGAUGAACUUGACUUUUCAGAAGAAGCAUAAGACAAGGAUUGGGGGUGGUGGAGUUACUCAAGCAGUUGUAGACAGGAUUCAUGAGAAGUGGAAGACAUCAGAGAUUGUGAGGCUUAAAUUUGAAGGCGAAGCUGCACUUAACAUGAAGAGGAUGCAUGAGAUACUGGAGAGAAAAACUGGUGGUCUGGUGAUUUGGAGGUCUGGCAACUCUGUUUCCUUAUACAGGGGUGUGAGCUACGAGGAUCCUUCAGUACAACAGAAUAAACAGAUAUAUAGGAAAAGCAACAAUUCUUCUAAAUUUUUAUCAACACCUUAUAAUUCUGCAGCAAAACCUUCUGACUUUGCUUCUGAUUCUGGGAUAAAUGCACCAUUGGAGAAAUUGGAAUCUACAAGUGACCAGAAGAAAAGAGAUUAUCUGCUAAAUGACAAUUAUGAAGAUGAAGUAGACAAGAUAUUGGAUGGUCUAGGUCCUAGAUACACAGAUUGGCCUGGGUGUGAUCCAUUGCCCGUUGAUGCAGAUAUGCUUCCUGCAACUGUUCCUGAUUACCAACCCCCGUUCAGAGUUCUUCCUUUUCAUGUGAGAUCCUCACUUGGUGUAAUGCAGGCAACUGCUUUACGAAGGAUUGCAAGGGCUCUUCCUCCACAUUUUGCAUUAGGUAGAAGCAGACAGCUUCAAGGUUUAGCUGUAGCCAUGAUUAAAUUGUGGGAAAAAAGUUCUAUUGCAAAGAUUGCACUCAAACGUGGUGUGCAGAUAACCACCAGUGAGAGAAUGGCAGAAGAGAUCAAGAAAUUGACAGGUGGUAUACUACUCUCCAGAAAUAAAGACUUCCUGGUCUUCUUUCGAGGAAAGAAUUUUUUAUCAGCAGAUGUCACUCAAGCCUUGCUGGAGAGGGAAAGAAUGGCAAAAGCAAUGGAAGAUGAGGAGGAGCAAGCAAGAUUGAGAGCGUCAUCAUUGGUCAUGUCAGCUAUUAAUACAUCAAAGCUGUCAGCAGAGGCAGGGACUCUUGGUGAAACUUUGGAUGCAGAUGCAAAGUGGGGAAAGACAUUGGAUGAGCGACACAAGCAAAAUGUAAUGAGAGAAGUUGAAAAACUACGGCAUGCCGACCUUGUUAAAAAGUUAGAACGGAAGCUUUCCUUGGCUGAAAGAAAGUUAAGGGGAGCUGAAAGAGCCUUAAUGAAGGUGGAGUCGUCCUUGAAGCCUUCAGAAUACAAAGCAGACCCUGAAAGCAUAACUGAUGAAGAGAGAUUUAUGUUUCGCAAAUUAGGAUUGCGGAUGAAAGCUUUCUUACUUCUUGGUAGACGUGGAGUUUUUGAUGGUACUAUUGAAAACAUGCACUUGCACUGGAAGUACCGGGAACUGGUCAAGAUACUUGUAAAAGCUAAAAACUUCGAACAAGUAAAAAAAAUUGCACUAGCACUUGAAGCUGAGAGUGGAGGUGUUCUAGUUUCAGUUGACAAAGUUUCAAAAGGAUAUUCUAUAAUUGUUUAUCGGGGAAACGACUACCAGCGUCCUUCAACAUUGAGACCAAAGAAUCUUUUGACAAAGAGAAAGGCUCUGGCACGUUCAAUUGAGCUCCAACGACACGAGGCGUUGUUGAAUCAUAUUUCAACUUUGCAAAGUAAAGUGGACAAGAUAAGAUCCGAAAUAGAUCAAAUGGAGAUUGUAAAGGACCAAGGAGAUGAAGCAUUGUAUGACAAAUUAGAUUCUGCUUAUCCUACUGAUGAUGAGAACGAGGUGGAGGAUGAUGAGGAUGGAGAUGAGGCAUAUCUUGAGACCUAUAAUAGUGAAAAUGAUAGUGAAAUUGAAAGUGAAGCUGAAAGUGACAAAAUUUGUUCUCCAACCUAAGGAAUUUGCCUCACGAAGUUGAAGGUGAAGGGUCAUGUAUUUUGGUGAUUCCUAACGCCCCUGUGAAUCAUUAAAUACAUUGGAACAUAUGCUGAUUGAGGAAGAAUAUAACAGUCGUUCAGAUCAAACCACCAAGAAGAACAUACUCAAUUCAAUGAGUUGUAAGAGGGCAUGCAACUAGACAUGGUCCUGAAUCUAAUUUGUAAGAUGUAUGUAUAUACAUUUGUUCUUGAAGUAAUCUAGAGUUGAAAAAGUUAACGGGUUCGUCAAUAUAUGGUUGAGGAAUUGGACCAAUAUUAGCUUAUAGAGGAAAUAUCUCCUGAUUUUGAGGACUUCAGUUUUUUGGGCUAAUAAAUUGCU